AUGGUACCACUCGUUGUUCUCCCUUCGUGUGGCAGUUCACAAGCGCCUGAAGCGUUUCCACAAAUCCAAACAUCAUUUGAAGCAGAAAAUCCUCCCCAAAGCGAACCUAAAAUCAAGAAAGAAGUUACACGUAUAUUCGAACCCGUCUGGGAAGAUGGCGUCUGCACAUUUGUCCUCAACGAAGCGGUCAGAGCAGCCGAUCGCAAACGCCUAGCCGAAGACGUCGAGCCCAUUCUCCACGAACACAGACUCCUCACAGACGCCGAGAUGAAAGAUAACGGACUCAUAGAGCUCCAACCAGACAAAAUGUACUAUUUCAAAGUCCCAUCCGGUCGUCACCCAGGUAUAAUCAGACUCUCUGCAAAGUGGCUGAAGAAGCACGGAUUUCUAGACCGGCUUGCUGCGCUGCGAGAGUUUUCGUUAGAGAAAGAGUUUAGAGAGAAAUUGAUGUAUUUGUGCAAGAGAUAUAACUCUGGUUCUUGGAAGAAGAGAGGAACAGCGUAUACGCUGUCGACGACGACUAAUAAGCAUUAUGGCACGAACACGAUUCAAUUGGGGAAGCUGUUGAACCAUGCGGAUGAGCUGCCUGGUGUUAAGAAGUACUUGCUUGAACUUACGUCGCUCAUUGCUGAGGUCACUCAAUUGGCGUUUCCGGAUAUCGAGACGAGGGGUAGAGCUGAGAGACGGUAUGAGAAUGCGUCAUUGACGUUUGGGGCGAAGAAGAAUCGGCAGUUUACGAGUGUGCAGUUGAAUUAUUCGGAGGAGAAUGCGAGUUUGGAGGAUAGUUUGAAGGUGUCUGGUGGAGUGCAUAGGGAUAGGAUGAAUGAUCCUACGCUGCCUGGGGUUCUUGUCUCAAUGUCACACCAUUCAGAAGAUUAUUUUACAGGUCGGUUCAAUAUCCGAUGUCUUCAUGCGACUGUACCCCUCCUACCAUUCGAGAUCAUUAUCUUCUCCGCCCGCUUCUACCACUGUUCAACAGGCGGUGGUUUCUACAACGUCCCCAAGUCUUCACCACUCCGCGUUCCACCAAGCGACCCGAGACUUAUCCCCGUUCUUCCUUCAGACUUCGAACACAGCAGAUUGAAUUUCGUUCUAUACCCUGCAAUCCGACUUAUGAAGCUGUCUUUCUCCGAAAUUAGAAUCGAGCUGUUUGAUGAAACCGUAGAAGGGAUGUUAUUCGAGGAUAAGGCUCAUCACUAUGAAUGGAUGAUGCGGACAUAUAUCGUAAAUGAACCAGAAAUUCUUGGGCGAUUGAAAAGCUUGCCGAAUCACGUACCAAUACCCAAAGACGGCAGAAGUCAGAUGAUCGUGGCUAAUGUGGAGACAGUGAAGAAGGGCGAAGCUAAGGAGGCAAGAGUAGAAUUCGGUCUGGGGAUUACCAGAAAUGGAGACCCAGAUCACUAUGUCCGAUUGUUUGAGUUCACGGACCCUGAGACUGGGGAACGAAGGAAACCCGAUCGCUCGGAGGCUGUGAAGACUCUCAGGGCUUUAGCAAAGCCAAAUAUUGAAUAUGAGGAGCUGGAGAAGGACAUGCGGUAUUUGGAUCCUUGUGAUUACGGGAACAGCGGGUGCCCAAAGCCUGUCCGAAGAUCAGUGACUGGAAGACUCAGGGGCAAGAAUCAAUUCAGGAAACGAAACCAGAGAGUUCACGAAACUUCGGGUUCUGAAAAUGAGUAUGAAGAGGAAGAGGAUGACAGUGAUUUUGAUGUGCAGAAAUCAACAGAAGUAAAUGGUGAGAUGGAAUCUGGAGACGAAGCCGUACUGAAUGGGGAGCGGGGGGAGGCGCAUACAGGAGCCGCAAAAGUUCUUGCGCCAGCCCUAAAUGAGUUCAAUGCUGCAAUAGACAUGUUGAAAGAGGCCGGUCUUAAGCUUUUUGCCUUUAAUUUCCAACAAAGUCAGUUGCUGGGAGAAGCAAACGCAAAGCUGAGUGCGCAAGAGAACUCUCAGAAAAUCGCACCUCGACCCCGGGACACUUCAGGCUCCAAAUCGACAGACGUCGUGCGAAAUAAGAAGCCAGUCAAAACUAAUUCUGCAAGGUUGAUGCCGUCGCCAAAGGUUGAAGAAACUGACUCUCCCUCCUCGCACAAGAAGAGGAAACAUGGCGCAACACCUCUAAGCACCCCACCACUAAAACCACCCAAGCGAGUUAAGAAAGGCGUCUUCUCCUUACACGCUGAUCCAGUCUAUGUAGACGACGAAGAACAAUGGGAGGUUGAAAGCAUUGUAGGAAAAAGACCAACGAAGUCUGGAAAGCCGUUGUAUAGGGCUCGGUGGAAGGGAUACUCUCCCGAGUGGGACGAGUGGAUGACAACGAAAGAUCUUGAGAAUUGCAAGGAACUCAUCGAGGAGUACGAGAGCAAAUGGGGAUUUGUAACUAGUAUUGAAACAGAUUAG